CUAGCCACUGUGGCUGGAUGAGUGAGACAGUUAUCAGCGAUAAAAACAGAAACAGUCAGUCAUUAGUUUUGGGUUUUUUUUUAAUUCUGUAUAUUUUCUGGGAUAAAUCAGACUUGUAUUUUUGUAUUUGUUAUGUGAUUUAAUUAAACCCGCAGCGUUAAAAGGCUCUUUACAAACCACUACUUAUUAUUUUUUCCUUGCUUCCGUGUUCAUUUACUUUAUUAUUGUAACGCUUUAUUAAAAAAAACGGUUGCUAUGUCAACAGCGGCGCUGGAUAAAAACCUGUCUCGGAGCAGUAACGUGUCCAAACUGGAGCGACUGAACAGCCGCGUGGUGAAGCUGCUGACAGCUGCGGUGCAGGAGGUGCUGGAGGCUGUGAAAGAGACUGUAUCCGAGUAUCAGGAGAAAACGGCUCGGACACAGAGGGAGAAUGAGAAACUACGUCUGAAAUUACAGGAUACCCUGAAGAAACUGGAGAAAGAGAGAGAAGUAUCGAGACUUGCGUCCAUUUCAUUGUCCAUCAACCACCCUUCCAGUGAAGCUCAGCAGAUACCUGAAGCUCACCAUGUUUCUUGUUUUAAAGAGGAUUCCAAUGUAAAAGCAGAUGUAGAACCAGAAGCGGUGUGUGAUCUGCAAGUUGCAUUUACGCUACCUGAUACAAGUACACCAAGAACUGAGCAAGUCAACACCUCAGAUUUAGACCGGACCAUUAAUGGAACGGAAUAUAGCACUUGCGUUUCUGGUGCCUCAUCAUACGUAGACAUUAAAACUGAACCUGUUGUGUCUGAAUGUUCACAACAACAACACCAACAGAUCCCUCAAGUUGAGGUCAGCAUGCUUGGGGAUCUGAGAGACCAAACAACCAGGCAGGACAACAUCAGCUCCAGUCUGUACAUCCAGUCAAACCUCAGCACUCUUGGAAGGUGCUUAGGGAACAGUUGGAGUACAAUAUCUUCUAUUCAAGGACUAGAAAGACAGCAUCACAGUCCACGAGAUGAGGAGCACCACAUGUGUCAGGUUUGUGGAAAGACCUUCAGCCGUGUUGGUAACCUUCGGAUCCAUCAGAGGUGUCACACUGGGGAGAAACCCUACUGCUGCAUGGUAUGUGGCCGCUGCUUUAGCCAAGCAGGAGAUCUGAAGAAGCACAAAAGGGUCCACACCGGAGAGAAGCCCUACUGCUGCGUCCAGUGCGGCAAGAGCUUCAGCAGGGGAGAGAACCUCAAACGGCACCAGAAGAUCCACAUAGGAGACAGAUUACGCCGCCAGAAUUUGUGGAAAGAUAAUCACGGACUGGCCGUUUGACAUGGAUGGUGCACUACAAGCCCUGGUCAAAAAGUCAUGAAGCAAGCUAUGUUUUUUGGAAAUAAUUUCAAUGAUUGAUUACUUGUUAUGGUAUAAGUGGAUUCAAAAACAUCCUGUUAUAGAAAAUCAACUCACUAAUUUCAUCACACCACCCCAGUGUUGAUCAUUUUUCUCCUGAGAUGCAAUUUUGUGGGAAAAAUUGGACCUCAUUUCCAUCUGGGGACGGAGCCUAUUAUUUUCCAGACAGGAAAAAUACUAGUAGUGACUUUACUGUAUGACAAUAUCCCAUUUUUACUAAGACGUCUUUUGAAAGUAUGAUUAUUAGUAAUGGCAAUGUUAAACGCUUAAAUCUGCACAUUUAUCAUGUUAUACAGCCACAGGUGGACAACAUGGACGUAUACAUUCUCACUAAUGUUAAGCAGAAAUGCUUGUGUGAUUUAUUUUUGUUUUUGCUGGGGACUGGAGAAUAAACGAUUAUAUGAAGACA